GUUGUUCCUAGGAAGCCUUUUCCCUGGAGAAUAAUGAUGUGUCUCAAAGUGUACUGAGAACUCCUUCCUACUUACAGCUCUGGGACAAGCAAAGGUGAAGUGAUGAUAAAGUCAAAACUGUGCAGUUUUUCCUUGAAACCAAGCUGAGCUAUUACUUAUCACUUCUGUUUCCCUGGCAGUCAUUGUUGAUGGAAGUUAUUUUUCCUUACAGCAUGUGGCACAGAUAGAAAUCAGAGUGUACAGGGUGAGGUCUGGGGAGCAGAGCAGAGAUAGGUGCUGAUAAACUCUGCAGGAUAGAGAAAGAAACAAGCCGUAGCUGUCUCUGUUCAACUCAGCUUCCUUGAAUCUUGGCCUCUGCCCGUGCAGCAGUGGCUGCUCUGGAGUCUCUUUACACUCCAUGUAACAAGAACAGGGUGUGCAGGAAACAUGCCAUUGCUUGGAGUAUUGGAGAAGCACUUGCCAUUUAUUCCUGUAUAGGUUUUUAUUCUAAGAACAUAGCUCUUGGCAGCUGCCAGGGUUUUAAUUUUCAUAUUUUUAGACUGUAUUUCUGGUGCAUUCAUGUUGUAUUUCCUGUCCUUGUAGGAACAGGUACUCCCAACUUAACCAUUAACAUGUGAUCAGUGACAUUACAGCUGCCAGCCAUCACAUUAUCACACUUGGACUGAACAGAUAAGUCAUUAAACAUCUUUGGCAUUGAAAAUUUAUCUUAACAGUUUCAGUAAUUAUGUGGUCAGGCUUAGGAAGGAGGUCUUUCUGUUCCUCCCCUUCCUUCUUACUCACUGUAAGUGUAACUUGUAGUUACACUUCGGUAAGUGCAAGCUAAUCGGAGUUUCUAACAUGAGCUCAGCUCCUUUGAAAAGAGGUUGUUCACAAACUCAAGUUUAUUUGGACAUGAAAGGAAAGAUACAGUUUUUCUUGUAAGAUUUUAGUGUAAUGUUUGGACCCAGAAUUUCAGGACAUUUAUCUUAACUAGUCCAAAGUAAUUAAUCAUUAAAGUUUUAACAAAGGUCAGUGAUUCCUUGAAAGGACAGUGCAGUAGUUGAGACUACCAUCUUCAUCAAUGAUUGACUAGUGAGGCCUUUAGUCUUCAGUAAACAACAUACGCACAAGCUCUGAUUUAAAACAUUCUUCUUCAACCAGCUUCUGAGGCUGAAAGAAAAAAGUUCAUAAUUAAAAAACCUGUUCUAGCUGAGAGCCAUUUGUACAUACUAACAUUAGCCACAUCCAGCAACUUUGGCCUGGGGAGUAAGGUAGUGGGGGUGGAACAAGAAAGGUAACUACAACUAAAACAUUCCUGAGGGUUCUCUGGCCUUGGAAGAGGCAUUUCUAAGAAAGUAACUGCUAAUUUAACUAACAUGUACAAGUUACAACUUGAGCUGCAGUCUGAGCGGAGUGCUUGGAACUUGUUUCACUCCUGUAGCUCAGUGUUUGGAAUUUUCAAAAGUUGAGGAGCUGCAAAUCAGGAACAGUAACAAUAUGUAGCUAAGAAGUUUCUCAACCCCUCAAGCACUAUGAGGCAAGUGCACAUAUUCCCUUUACUGCAUGUUUACUAUAGACAUUACACAAUAAGCAGAAUGGUUCUCUCUUGAGGAACUGGGAGCAGAAGCGAUGUUUAGAAUUCUCUGGUCUCCUUCAGCAAGAGAGGGUUCUCAGAGAAUACAAGUGACUAAUUCGUUCAGCCCUAAAUUCCUGACAGGUCCCCAUCUCAAUGCCUGUAGAUUCAGAACAUUAAUCACUUACUGUGCCAUAUUUAAGUAGUGUAGGCACUCCUGUUAGUUUCAGAUUCCUCCUGAAUUCAUUGUUGGGAUCCUUCCAGCUGUUCAGAAAGAAGGGGUUAAGCACAGCUUGUAGAGAGGCAUUUUGAAGUUAAAAUAGCUUCAAAAUUAUUCAAAGGCCUUUGCCUCACACCUUCCCAAUGCCCUUCUCAAAACAAGCAUGCAGACAGAUUAUGUCAGAGAUAGUGAGGACCUCAAAAAAUGAUUGACUCUUUACAGAAAAGGACAGCUCAGUUUUUUCAACAGAUUAACCACCAGUCCACCAAAAGAACAAAGUAAUCCCAUUUGUCAGCAUUCAAAGGUACUUACUAGGCUCUAUCUCCAACUAGACAGUAGAUGAAAACUGACUCAUCAGGCAGGUUAUGAAGUUCCUUCCUCACAAUUGGCUCAGCUAGAAAAUAAUUUUUAAAAUCUGUUAGUACUAAAUACUCGUGCUACAGAAUCACAUGGAUUAACUUGGACCGGCAAGGCUACUAAUUAAUGUUUUGUCUGCUUUAGUUAGAGAUCGAUAUUUCGUUGCACCUGGCUAUCCACAAGUUUUUCAGAGUUUAUUACAUGCUUGAACGCUGACUGGACUUGUGUUGGAGUAAAGGCCAAUUUCUUCUCUAACACGAAGAGAAACACUCGUUCUGUCCUGUCCUGGGUGUGGUAGCCCAGCACAGCGCCCUUCUGCAGGGUGACGGUUGCACCUUCAGACGUGCUCAGACACGUAAAGCCCUGCGGUUCAGUGCCGUGAUUUCUCAGAAGGAAAUACUGCAGCUGGACACGGUCGGGGAAGGCAUCGCUGCGCCUCGACACGUGCAGCAUAGGUGAAGCUGACGGCAGGGCUCAGGUCUGUCUGUCUGUCUGUCUGCUGGGCCGUGUUAGCAGCCUUCGCGAAAAGCCCGCGCCGUUCCCUGUGCGCAGCCAAAGGGGCAGCGCGGCAGCUGCGGCUCACAGCCCGCUCAGCCCGUUCAGCUCACCAGGGGAACCUGCGCCUGGAGCCUGGAUCUGGGGCUGCUGUGCCCGCCCGGCAUUUCCCGGAAAGGAACCCGAGGCCUUUCCGGCUUCCUCAGGACCGACAAGCCCCAUGCCCCAGGCAGGGCGCUCCCCCCAUGCGCCUCACCCGUCACGCAGUCGGGACACCAGCUCCUGCCCUCAGCGUCCUUAUCGCCGCAGAACAGCGCGAAGAUGGGCCGGCCGUGGUAGCUCUGCGCCGUCCGCACGAACUCGGGGUACCCGCGGACCUGCCUCUCCUCCCAGCCCAUGGCGGCAGCGGCGGAGGCUCCGCCCGGCCCGGCCCGCGCGGCCGCCGUAGCUCGGCGCGCUCCCGGCGGCCCGUGCGGCGGCGGGACUGGGUUCGAACCGCGCCUGCUGUGAUCACAAGCAAGGGAUAGUAGCGAGAUUUGCUCUCGAGCCGAUGAGAUGGUACCAAGCAAGACAGCGGUGUCUGAUGAUGCGUUUGCAUUCACCAGCCAGCGAUACAGGAAUGAAGCUAAAGCUUUACAAACACAGCUCCAGUUUAAUAGAAAUGUUCCUGCAGUUCCAGAGAACUUGGCUCUCAGAUUCUCUCACCCCCGUCCAAUUAUAAUAGAAAAACUGAAGGCAUCCAGUGAUCAGAGAAAUCUUGUAGGAAGUGAGGACCUCAGCCUGAGAAGCUCUGGGAUGUUCGCAGUGGUGUCUGAAGAGAGACUUAAAUUGGCUGUUCGGCUGGCAAAAAGGGACAUCAAACAAAGACGUCUCGAAGAACAAGUAAAACAGGUAUUUGGAGAUGUCGUCAGCACACCAUUGUGGACCCAGAAAUCACAACCACAGAAGACUGAAGUAUUUGCAAGUCGAGAAAAUAAAAAUACUCUGAAGUCUCAGACUCAGUUGGCGUGUCAGCAGAGGCUUGCCCAGCCUUCCCGAGGAGAGUCUGCCAGCUCUGACACCAGCGUUCAUCUCUGCCUUGUUAAGGAAGGAAAGCCAGUAGCAGCUGUUUUGGACUCUCCUCCCACCCGGGACACAGGACCAGACCACAAGCCAAAUUUAAAUAAAAAAGAACAUCAAAAUAUGCAAGAAGUUCAGCGUCUGCAAAAAGAAUUGAGGAACUAUGUCCAGAAAAUUGAAGAUUUUAUUAAAAAAGGAAGAGAUAGAGAACUUCUAGAUCCUGAAAAUGAGCAGCGGCUUUGCACUAGGAGACAGCAACAAGCUGCACGGUCAGCUCGGAUGCUGUAUGUGCUCCAGCAGCAGGUAAAAGAAAUUCAGGACGAUUUAGAGAAACUGAGUCCUCAUACAAUCAAGCAUACUAAAAAGUCUCGAGCAGUAUCCAGGUUGGCAGCAGCACAUAGAGGAGCUGUACGAACCUUGCAGGCAUUUGCCAGUCAGUUUACAGAUCAAACAGAUGAGCAGAUUCCUGCCCAUUACAAGGAACUGGGCAGUCUCAUUCGUCAACUGUCUCUCUGCUCUGCCAAACUAGAAGGGGAUUCUUCCAUUUCUGAAGCUAUCAUAGACAUUUUGCUGCAAGUUGAGGAUCUGAAUUCACUGCUGGAAAGCAAGCAAACACCAAAAACAGUGAAGAAAUGCAUUUCAGCUUCUAAGGCCAAAUCUCCAAGGAACACUGAGACAUAUCCAGACAGAAAGCACUUUCUGUCUCCAAAAGGAGAAAACAAACCUCUCACCUUAAAGAGACAGCAUGGACAAGAGCCUAAAAAACCUCCAUGUGCCAGGAGUCUUUUGACUGCAGUUCAACAGGCAAACAGUUGUGCUCACAUACUGCACAAUAAAUACCAAGAAGAAAGUGGCCCACCUAUUUCAGAGAGAAAUGCCACUUUGCAAGGAAGCACAGAUGUACUGGUGAGAGCUAGAGCUGUAAAAAAAGAGUCUGUCCUUGAAAGUGCUGCUUUGAAGAAGAAAGGUGUGUUAUUGCUUGCAAAACCACAGGGAAUGCUGAAAUCUUUAAAAUCAAGAUGGGCACACCCUCCAGGAAAGCACACCCGAUUUCAGGAGCCAACUAUAGCUUUCCAGCUGAAAGAGAACAAACGACCUGUUAAGGAGAGCAAAAUGCCUCGAGUGCCUUCAAAGCCUGCACCUCGGUCUGUUUCACCGAAGCGACUAGCAAGGCUUGAAGCAAGAAAUUCAAGAGGAGUGAAGGUUCUAACUGACCUUUGCAGAGGAGAAAUGGAAAAAAUACAGAAGUUAAGGUCACAAACUGUUUCUCCAGACCAGUGUGCAGACAAAGCUGAGGAGAUACAGGAGUGGUCAGAGCCUCCAUUUGACAGGACACAGGUGGUACAGCAGGUUGCAACAAAUGCAGAUAUUCUGAGUGAAAAGCUAUUGGAUGAUCUUUUGGAAGAUACUGCUCAGGAACUGUGGAGCAUGGAUCAGCAUGAUAGACUCCAGGCUGAGGCCCUACCUGUGGGUGACACUUAUAGCCUGGAGUCGAUGUUGCAAAGAAUGGAGGAAAUUGAAAUGUACCAGGAGGCUGUCCGCAGGAGAGUCACACAGAUUGUCUACAGUGACUCCCACUUCUGGGCCCAGCAAGACAACAUGGAACAACAAAUGGCAUCAACAGCUAGAAAACUUACACCUCCUCAUCCAGUUCAGAUAACCAAAUUAAUAAGACAUGGAGAGCUGGAAACAGACAUUUUAUUUGAGAAACCUUUUGACAGCACUGAUAUUGAUGAAAAUAAAGAAGCAGAGGAGAAAUUCCAGACUGGAAAUGAUAUUCUGCAGCCCUUGCUUCUGAAUUCUCUACAGAAAGCAUAUUCUGUGUCUCUCUCUGUGCCAAGCAAUGUGCUCCAGAGCAUCUUGGAUUAUAAUAGCAGAUACAAGCAUCAUUUAAAGCUUAUUUCCCAUGAGGCUGUGGGCAGUUUCGAUCCAUGGCAGAUUGCUGAGAGUCUCGCAGAGCAACUGACAGAAGAAGCCCUGUGUGACGUGGCAGCAGAGCUGCAGGAUGUUUGUGAGGACUAUGCAGAAGCUGUAUUCACAUCUGAGUUUUUGCAGCCGGUGCAGUGACUUCUUUCCCACCUGUCCCAUCAACAUCAGCCUCAGCCUGUGAGAUUUUCUGCACUGGAUCUCCACGAAAGAUUAAUUUUAGUUUUUUUAUAAAGCCAUUAUAAUAAUGUUUUCCUUUUCAGAAAGGACUUCCUUACUUUUCCUUUUAUUGGCUAAUCACCUUAGCACAUGCUACACUGGAGUGAGUUCUUUUGGAGAUGUAGCAAUCCAGUGAAGGAUUCUCAUGGCACAGCACAAAUAUCCAAACACUUAUCACUGGCUGUACUUGCAGGCUUGCUUGGGCUCUUGCCAUCGGCUUCAGAAUGGAGUUCCUGAGUACCUCUAGUACCUAAUGCACAGGCAAAAGGAGACCUUCCAAUAGAAGCACGUAAUAGAGAUCUUUCUUUUUCUUAAACUAGUCUAAAAUGUUACAUUUUUAUCAGCAUUUAGUGAGUGAUUCAACCCCACAUUCCUUUCUCUUAAGAAUCCCAUUGAAAUCAAGAACAACAAAAUAAAUGAGCAACUGGCAUUUCUGCAACAUUAAAUUAACUUGUUUCAAGUAAUCAGGGUACUAGUUUGGAUUAUGUCUGGAGUCAGAGCAGUGACUAAUAAUUACUUGAGGUAACCCAAAUAACAUAUGACAGUCUGUUUCCUUUGUCAAUUUUUUCCUCCAAUAUUGUUCAAUCUAUAACACAUUCAUUUUUAAUCUUCUAAGAUUAUUUUUAUUUCCUCCAAUUAGAACAUAUAUUUUAAAAGUAAUUUAGUUUCUCUUGAAGCCUUCUUUACUAUUUCAACUGUCUUCAAAUUUACAUCAAAUGUAAAUGUUACUGCUGAAGUGGAACUUUGCUGGUAUGUGAUUUCUGUAAUUUAAACCAGCUGAUUUCUAAAAUUGUAAGUGAAAAACACUAAAGCAAUAGUGUCUCUCUGUAUAUGUAUGUGUGAAAGUAUUUUGAAGAUGUUUUAUUUUUUAAUAAACAGUUGUUUAUUAUCACUGAACACAGUUUUAAUUUAAGAUAACUUCCCUCUGA